GCGGCUGGAGGAGCCGGGGUUGUUUGGUCGGGAGGGGGACCGCAGGGAUGGGCCCGAGUCUCCGCUGGACCGCGACCGAGGCGCGGCCCGACACCCUUUUCCCGCCUCCCUCCCGCGCUCGCUCCCCACGCCGCGUUCGGUCUUGAGAAAGUUGAGAUGCGUUGGUUAGGGACCGAAAGAGGCAAGGCUCGGCUCGGGAUUUGGGAAGCAUCGCUUAGUGUUAGGAGCCGUGGAGACGGGUGCCCGGGGUCCAAGUCUCCAUCCUCCGGGCUCCGGGACCUCUGCAAGUCACUUGACCUCUGUGUGUCUCAGUUUCCUCAAGUGUAAAAUGAGGGAAGUUCUAGUAACCUCUCUCAAAAGGCGAUUGUGAAAAUCAAGUGGGAUACUAUCUUUGAAGUGCUUAGGGUCGAGCAUGGUGCACAGCAGAAGUAUGCAAGUGCUCUUCACUUCUUGGAGCCUCGUACUAAAUGGAGAGUUGUGUCCUUCACCUCCCCACGCUGAAAACAACUGCCCGAGAGUCCAAGGUAAAUAACAGAUGCGGGUAAAGGAGCCUUCUAAAGCUUUACCGGAGAAAGCCAAAAGAAGUAAACGGCCUGCUAUCCCUCGUGAUGAAGACUCUUCAGACGACAUUGCUGUAGGUUUCACUUGCCAACAUGUAAGUCAUGCCAUCAGUGUGAAUCAUGUGAAGAAAGCGAUCGCUGAGAAUGUGUGGUCAGUUUGCUCUGAAUGUUUAAGGGAAAGAAGAUUCUGUGAUGGGCGGUCGGGACCUUCCUCUGACAUUUGGUUGUGCCUCAAGUGUGGUUUUCAGGGAUGCGGCAGAAACUCAGAAAGCCAUCAUUCAGUGAAGCACUACGAGAGUCGGAGAACAGAAUCUCAUUGUAUUACAAUUAGUCUGAGCACAUGGGUUAUAUGGUGUUACGAGUGUGAUGAAAAAUUAUCAACACAUUGUAAUAAGAAGGUUUUGGCUCAAACACUUGAUUUUCUCCAGAAACAUGUCUCUAAAACACAAACAAGUGGAUUUUCUAGAAUCUUAAAACUUUAUGAAGAAAAAUAUGAAGGUGAAAAAAAGAAAGGAAGAAAAGGCAGCAGUGUAACCCCAGUGAAAGGAAUCACAAAUUUAGGAAAUACUUGCUUUUUCAAUGCCGUCAUGCAGAAUUUGGCACAGUCUUAUAUUCUCUCAGAACUGAUGAAUGAGAGCAAAGAACAUGGUGCAAAACUCAGGAUUUCUCCUUCCUCAGACUCUCACCUGGACCCAUUAAUGGUGGAACUUUCAAGCCCUGGACCAUUGACCUCAGCCCUGUUCCUGUUUCUUCAUAGCAUGAAGGAGACUGAAAAAGGACCACUUUCUCCUAAAGUUCUUUUUAAUCAGCUUUGUCAGAAGGCCCCUCGAUUUAAAGGUUUCCAGCAACAAGACAGUCAGGAGCUUCUGCACUAUUUGCUGGACGCAGUGAGGACAGAAGAAACAAAGAGAAUACAAGCUGCCAUCCUGAAAGCAUUUAACAACCCAACUACUAAAACUGCUGAUGAUGAUACUAGAAGAAAGGUCAAAGCAUAUGGAAGAGAAGGUGUGAAAAUGAACUUCAUAGAUCGGAUCUUUAUUGGUGAAUUAACUAGCACAGUCAUGUGUGAAGAAUGUGCAAAUAUCUCCACAGUGAAAGAUCCUUUUAUUGAUAUUUCACUUCCUAUAAGAGAAGAAAGGGUUUCAAAACCUCUGCUUUUGGGAAGAAUGAGUAAAUGUAGAGGCUUACAGGCAACAGAUAAUGGUCAGUGCAGUGACCCUCUUACUACAGAAAGUUCUCAUCAGCCCAGAGCCACCAAGAACCAGUCUUCAUCUGACAAUAAGAUUCAACUAGGACAUGGCAGAAAAUUUGUAAGAAAAGUUUCAUCUGGCGAAGACAGAGCAGUUGUCAUAGGCCAGAAAAAUGAAAACCUUGAGAUGAGGGGGGCUUCUUCAGUGUGUGCAGGCGUCCUGAGUACUGAGGCAGCUCUGAAUGAAAGCCCGACUGAUGGCAGUGAAAAAGAAGCCGGCCGUUCCGAAAGUAGUGCUGACGCUGACAGUGAGGCUUCGGAGUCAGAAAGUACUUCUCAGCAUGCCGCCCUGUGGGGGUCUAGACGGGGAUGCUGUGCGCAGGAAAAUGGACCCCGUCCCCAGCUGCUGCCCACCGAGGAGACUGACAGUGGUGUUGAGGGGGUGGCUGAAGCUAUUUCUGAACUCUAUUUGAGCAGCGCUGUAACUGGGGAUAGAGAUUUUUACAGAGAAAAUAAGCCACCAAAUGUUCCAAAUAAUUUACGUUCUUCAGAGGAGAAGCAGGUGUUGUCUUCUAGCCCCCAAAAUGCUUUUCAGACCCUUUCUCAGAGCUAUAUAACUACUUCUAAAGAAUGCUCAGUGCAGUCCUGUCUCUACCAGUUUACGUCUGUGGAAUUACUAAUGGGGAAUAACAAGCUUCUGUGUGAGAACUGUACUGAGAAGAAGCAGAAGUACCGAAAGGAAACCAUUUCUGCAGAAAAGAAAGCAGAAGGGGUUUAUACUAAUGCCAGGAAGCAAUUUCUCAUUUCUGCUGUUCCAGCUAUCCUGAUUCUCCAUCUUAAAAGAUUCCAUCAGGCUGGCUUGAGUCUUCGAAAAGUAAACAGACAUGUUGAUUUUCCACUUAUUCUUGAUUUAGCACCAUUCUGUUCUGCUACUUGUAAGAAUGUAAAUGUGGGAGAUAAAGUUCUCUAUGGUCUCUAUGGCAUAGUGGAACAUAGUGGCUCAAUGAGAGGAGGUCACUAUACAGCUUACGUGAAAGUGAGAGCACCUUCCAGGAAAUUAUUGGAGCACAUCACCGGAAAGAAAAAUGUACCUGAUAUGAAAGAACCCGGCAAUGAAACGGCAGACCAGUGGGUCCAUGUUAGUGACACUUUCGUGCAAGUGGUUCCAGAAUCCAGAGCCCUUGGUGCACAAGCAUACCUUCUGUUUUAUGAAAGAAUAUUAUAAUUAUUUGUUAAUAAUCAAUGAUAAUGAUUACUUAGAUCACUUUUGUUUAAAUCCUGCAAUGAUAACAUAAUAUGCAAUGUGCCUUUGUAGUCUUUUCUCUUCUGUAAGAAUAGCAUGCCCCUCAAAUGCCCUUGAAGAAUUUUCCCAUUUUUGGUGAAUCCUUUUAAAUUACUCAGUGCUUUCAAAUUUACCUUCUUAAAAUAAAUAUGAACAUAUGUUUUUAAAAAAAAUUUUGUUCUGGAAAAAAACCAGAAUUUGCAGUAGUAAAGGAAACCCCCUUAUAAUGUGGCUUAUUACUAUGAGAAUUCAGAAAUGAUGCUGGCCAAUCAAAUUGUUCCUUAAAACAGUGUUUACCAAAUGUGAGUCACAUAUCACCUUUCUGAUUUCAUAUGUAUGUACUGUUUACUGUUUAUUUUUAACCUUCUUUUUUAGCUUUACAUUUUUAAGCAUAGCCUUGUUUUGAGCAUAUUCCACAUUUUAUGUGCUAGUGAUAUUUUUUCUAAUAAACAUUAAAAUAAAUCUAUAACUA